AUGCAUGUCAUGGAUAGAUUAGUAACUCAACGAAGAACACGGUUACGGAGUGUGGCUGGAGUUGCAAUUACGCCGAAAGAGGAUCGAAGGGAAUAUUCUGAGGGUGAAAGUGGAGAUGGGAAUUUUCAAUCAGGCGAAUCGAUACAAGCCGGUUCGGUUCCUGAAAGUCUCAACAAAGUUCCUUUUACACCACUGCAAGUUACCUCCGCCACCGUUUUGAUAAGAAGUCCUGAUUUUUUAGUCUUGUAUCAUCGAUCUAAAUCGCUAUGUACUGUCACGGUCGAGACAGGCUGGCUUAGCUACGCAUUGAAAGAUCCUGGAUUGUUUCACAGCACCUUGUACCAUUGGGCGUUGCUGAACGGUGACAUGACGCCCGUAUCGUUUCGACAGACCGAUCAACUUCUUAAAGUUAAACAGGUAGCCAUUCACAGUAUCAACGAGAGGCUACGAAAUGGCGAAAUCAGCGAUGAGGUCGUCGCGUCUGUGACUUGUCUUGCAAGUGUUAAUUUUCUUCUGGGUGAUGCACAUGAGGCAGAGAUGCAUUUCAAGGGUUUACAUGCUAUGGUCGCAUCGAGGGCUGGAUUAUGUCAACUAGGCUUCGACGGUUUGAUCGCUCGCCUAGACGGAUUCGUGCCACGCACAGGUAUCGAGUCGCCAGCUGGUUAUUGA